GCUGGGGCGCUGCCUGGGCUGCGGCGGCUGCGCUCGCCCCUUACAGCCGGCGCGCGAGGGUCUCCUCGCACGGAUCGAUGGCAGCCCUGAUGGCAACCCCGGAGGUGCGGAGCUCCCGGGAAGGCCCCGCUCUGCGCCUCCCUCCGGGGGCCCGCCUGGAGGAGGCCGAGGCCGAGGAGGGGGAGGAGGACGAGGACGAGGACGAGGAUGAGGCGGCGGCGGCGGCGCGCAGAGCGCGGAUCUUCGCCCGGGACGCGCGGGUGCGCUUCCUGGGAGGCCGCCUGCAGCAGAUGCUGGGGCUCCCCGAGGAGGGCUGGGCCCGGUUCCUGGAGAGCGAGGACGCCCGGCGGGAGCUGCGCGAGUUUCUGGAGCGCCGCAGCCCCUCCUGCCUGGUGUUCGGCGUCGCGGGCGCGGGGCAGCUCGCGGCCUCCCGGGAGAUUCCAAGGGAUGCAAGACAUAAACUUGUUUAUGUUGCCAAGAAGAUUACUGAAAGCACUGGAAUGAAUAAUUUAUCUCAAAAGAUGUUAUUUGAAGAGAUACCUGCGUCCUCUCUGAGACAUGUGACUGCUUUCCUGGAUGAGAUACUAGUGCCAGUUCUUUCUAAUAAGAACAACCAUACGUCUUGGUCAUAUUUUACUUCACAAGAUAUGGAACGUCACACAGAAGUUAUGAAAAAUAAGAUGCAUAUUUUUAGGGGCAAAAUGUCUAAAAGAACACUUCUUCCAAUUCCGACUAUUGCAGAAAAUAUUGACCUGGAUCAGAAUUACUCCCAUACCAAGCUACCCUCAAGUGAGAGAAGACUACUCCAUGAAAUUGAAUCUGUGGUUAUCAAGUGGUCACACCAAAUCCAAGAAGUUGUAGGAAGAGACUCAGCGCAGCCUUUGCUGAAUGGUCUUCACCUGACUCCUCAAACUGAGCUGGAUUUCUGGGUGAGGAGGAGAGAGAAUCUGUCCUGCACUUAUGAUCAACUUCAAGCUCCUGUUAUCCUCAAGAUGACUGAGAUCCUGAAAAGUAAACAGAGCAGCUAUUUUCCUACUCUAAAGAACAUUUUCCUGGCUGUGGAAGAUGGUAAGAGGAAGGUCCCUCCGCCUGGUAUCAGUGCUCUGUAUAAUUUUGAUCCUUGUUUCAUUUUCAUUAAAUCCAAGGCGAUGGCUUACCUUUCACCUGAAGACCUUUUAAAGGGAGAAAUCGAAGACUCAUUGGAAAAGGUGCAAACAGCCACCAACAUCUUAAAGACUUUCAAAAAUUCAUUUUUCAACUAUAAAAAAGGAUUGGCAAGUUAUUUCACAAGAAAUAAGGAGCUGAGACUCUGGGAUUUUCAGUCUCACCUGGUGUUUUGCAGAUUUGACAAAUUCCUUGACCGUUUAAUGAAAAUAGAGGACAUAUUUGUCACCAUGUUGGAAUUUGAAAAGCUGGAAAGACUAGAAUUUGGUGGUACCAAGGGAGCAAUUCUAAAUGAACAAAUCCUUAAAAUGAGUGAAGAAUUUUUGGAUCUCUGUAAAAAUUUUAAACAGAGCACUUAUGACCCAUCUGAUUACGACAACAUGGAAUUUGAAAAUGACUACGUUGCAUUUAAGUCCAAAAUUUUGGACUUUGAUAGAAGGCUCGGGACAAUUCUUUGUGAAGCUUUCUGUAACUGCCAUGGUUUGGAAGCUGCAUUUAAGCUUUUGACCAUAUUUGGGAAUUUUCUAGAGAAACCAGUUGUCAUGGAAAUUUUCAGCCCACAUUACAGCACACUGGUGAACAUGAUUAAUGCAGAGUUGGACGUGUGUAAGCACUUGUAUAAUGAGCACAUCCAGCAGAUUGAACAUGGACAUGUAGUUCUUAACAAGAAUAUGCCAUAUGCCUCUGGGAAUAUCAAAUGGGCCAAAGAGGUCCUUGGACGCCUUCAAACAUUUUGGUCAAAUUUUGUAUCUCUUCGUUAUCUAUUCUCAGACUAUCCUGAUGAAGCUAUCAUUUAUCAGAAGUACACUGAAAUGACUGCUUUGCUAGACCAAUUUGAAAAUUAUGUCUAUAAUGAAUGGAAAAGUAAUGUGGAUGAAAUCUGUGAAUUCAACUUGAAUCAACCCCUAGCUAAAUUCAGUGCCAUAAAUGGUCUUCUUAGUGUCAACUUUGACCCAAAGCUGGUGGCAGUACUAAGAGAAGUGAAAUACCUUUUGAUGCUCAAGAAACAAGACGUACCAAAAUCAGCUUUAGCCAUCUUCAAGAAAAGGAACACUAUUUUAAAGUACCUUGGUAACCUAGAACUUCUUGUGCGAGGGUACAAUAAGCUGAAACAAAGCCUUCUGGAAGUUGAAUACCCCCUGAUCGAAGAGGAGCUGGCAGCCCUUGACAAGAGGCUGACAGCAGCGACCACAUGGCUGACCUGGCAGGAUGACUGCUGGGGGUAUGUGGAGGAGGUGCUGGCAGCCACAGCUGAGCUCGAGUGCAGGGUUGAGCACACACAGAGCAACGUGCACCGGAUCCAGCAGACCAUGCGUGCCUGGGCUGAGUGUCCGCUCCUCUCCAGGCGGGAGCUACGCAGGGAGGCAGCCUUGACUUUGGAGGACAAGGGCGAUCUAUUUGCUAAGAAAUACAAGUUAAUCCAGGAAGACGGCUGCAAGAUACACUACCUGGUAGAGGAGAACAGGAAGCUCUUCAAAGCCAAUCCUUCUCUGGAUGCCUGGAAAAUUUAUGUAGAAUUCAUUGAUGAUAUUGUUGUGGAAGGCUUUUUCCAGGCUAUCAUGCAUGACUUAGACUUUUUUCUGGCGAAUACAGAGAAGCAAUCAAAGCCUGCACCAUUUCUUCAAGCACAAAUGAUUUUGAUGCCCCCUGAGAUUGUGUUUAAACCUCCCUUAGAAAGAGAGGCUGGAGAUGGUGUCUAUGAUCUGGUGGAAGAGAUGUUGUGCAGUAGUUUCAGAAUGUCUGCCCAGGUGAAGCGAGUAGCAGCACAUCUGGAGAUGGCAAAUUACCAGAAUGAUAUGGAUACCAUGUUAGGCCUGGCAGAGGCCAGGCAGGAGAUAAUGAGCAGAGUGGGUGAUGCCAUCAACAAAGUCUUGGACUUCAGAAAUUCCUUGGAGACCUAUGCUUACCUCUGGGUGGAUGACCGGACGGAGUUCCUGAAGCAUUUUCUCCUGUAUGGUCACACUACAUCAUCUGAGGAAAUGGACGCUCAUGCAAAUGAGGACAUUUGCGAACAGCCACCAACUCUUGAACAAUUUAAAGAACAGAUCGACAUUUAUGAAGCUUUGUAUGUUCAGAUGAGCCAGUUUGAUGACUUCAGAGUCUUCAAUAGUUGGUUCAAGGUGGACAUGAAACACUUCAAAGCAACCCUGCUAAAUGUGAUUAAGAAAUGGAGCUGGAUGUUUCAGGAGCAUCUUUUGAGAUUUGUCAUUGACAGUCUGAAUGAGCUGCAGGAAUUUAUGAAGGACACAGAUGCAGGACUUCAGAGAAAACUGAAUGAAGGAGACCAUGAUGGUUUAGUUGACAUCAUGGGACAUCUGCUAGCUGUAAGAAGCCGACAAAGAGCUACUGAUGAACUCUUUGAACCUCUGAAGGAAACCAUCACACUCCUGGAAAGCUAUGGCCAGAAGAUGCCUGAGCAAGUCUACAUUCAGCUGGAGGAAUUACCUGAAAGAUGGGAAACAACCAAAAAGAUUGCAGCAACAGUUAGACAUGAAGUCUCGCCUCUCCAGAAUGCAGAAGUCAGUCUUCUACGGAAAAAAUGUAUUUUAUUUGAUGAAAAGCAGGCAGAGUUCCGAGAGAGAUUCAGAAGCUGCUCCCCUCUUGGUUUUAAUGCAGAAAACCCAUAUACUGUGCUUGAUAAGGCAAAUCAGGAGCUUGAGGCGUUAGAACAAGAAGUGGAGCAAAUGCAGGACUCUGCUUGCCUCUUCGAAGUGGCUCUGCCAGAGUAUAAACAGAUGAAGCAGUGUCGCAAAGAAAUACAACUACUCAAGGGACUUUGGGAUGUCAUCAUUUAUGUUAGAAGAAGCAUUGAUAAUUGGACUAAAACCCAGUGGAGACAGAUUAAUGUGGAACAGAUGGAUGGAGAACUCCGAAGGUUUGCCAAGGAAAUCUGGUCACUGGAUAAGGCUGUCCGUGUCUGGGAUGCUUAUUCUGGUCUGGAAGGUACUGUAAAGGACAUGAAAACCUUCUUGAGAGCCAUCUCUGAGUUACAGAGCCCAGCCCUCAGGGACAGGCAUUGGCACCAGCUGAUGACGGCCAUUGGGGUCAAAUUUUCAAUAAAUGAAGCCACGACUUUGGCAGAUUUGCUAGCACUGCAGUUGCACCGAGUGGAAGAUGAGGUCCGAAGCACUGUGGACAAAGCCGUGAAAGAACUGGGCACUGAGAAGGUUAUUACUGAAAUCAGCCAGACCUGGGCAACCAUGGAGUUUUCUUAUGAAAUUCACUAUCGAACAAAUAUUCCACUGCUGAAGUCUGAUGAGCACCUUUUUGAAACUCUAGAGCAUAACCAAGUUCAGUUACAAACUGUUCUUCAAAGCAAGUAUGUGGAGUAUUUCAUUGAGCAGGUCUUAAGCUGGCAGAAUAAAUUAAAUCUAGCAGACUCAGUCAUCUUUACGUGGAUGGAAGUCCAGCGCACUUGGUCUCACUUGGAAAGCAUCUUUGUUUGUUCAGAAGAUAUUCAAAUCCAGCUUGUGGAAGAUGCCAGGAGAUUUGAUGGAGUAGAUGCUGAAUUUAAGGAGUUAAUGUUCAAGACAGCCAAAACAAAAAAUGUUCUAGAAGCAACGUGCAGACCUCAUCUCUAUGAAAAACUUAAAGAUUUACAGUACAGGCUUUCUCUUUGUGAAAAAGCUCUUGCGGAAUACCUGGAAACCAAGCGAGUGGCUUUCCCUCGCUUCUACUUCAUCUCCUCUGCUGACCUGCUGGACAUUCUCUCCAAGGGAGCUCAGCCUAAGCAGGUAACACGUCACCUUGCCAAACUCUUUGACAGCAUCGUGGACCUACAAUUUGAAGAUAAUCAGGAUGUCACUGCACACAGAGCAGUUGGAAUGUACAGCAAAGAGAAGGAGCAUGUCGCAUUCCAAGCUGAGUGUGACUGCAUAGGCCACGUGGAAACUUGGCUACUGCAGCUCGAGCAAACUAUGCAAGAAACCGUGCGCUGGUCCAUCACUGAAGCCAUAGCAGCCUAUGAGGAGAAAGCCCGGGAACUGUGGAUUUUCGAUUUCCCAGCUCAGGUAGCACUGACUGGCUCACAGAUAUGGUGGACUACAGAUGUGGGGAUUGCCUUCAGUAGGCUGGAGGAAGGCUACGAAACAGCCCUGAAGGAUUUUCAUAAAAAACAGAUUUCUCAGCUGAAUACACUGAUUACGCUGUUGCUGGGAGAGCUUCCACCUGGUGACAGGCAGAAGAUCAUGACCAUUUGUACCAUCGAUGUCCAUGCCAGAGAUGUGGUGGGAAAACUUAUAUCUCAGAAGGUUGUCAGCCCCCAGGCUUUUGCUUGGUUGUCUCAACUUCGUCACCAGUGGGAGGACACCCAGAAACACUGCUUUGUUAGUAUUUGUGACGCUCAGUUCCAGUACUUCUAUGAAUACUUAGGAAACAGUCCUCGACUCGUGAUCACUCCUCUGACUGACAGGUGUUAUAUUACUUUAACCCAGUCACUUCAUCUGACCAUGAGUGGGGCUCCAGCUGGCCCGGCUGGUACAGGGAAAACGGAAACUACCAAGGAUCUUGGCCGCGCACUUGGCAUGAUGGUUUAUGUGUUCAACUGUUCAGAGCAAAUGGACUACAAAUCCAUAGAAAACAUCUACAAGGGCCUGGCGCAGACUGGGGCCUGGGGCUGCUUUGACGAGUUCAACCGCAUUGCGGUGGAGGUUCUGUCCGUGGUGGCUGUGCAGGUGAAGAUGAUUCAUGAUGCCAUCAGAAAUGGGAAAAAGAGAUUUGUAUUUCUUGGAGAAGCUAUCACAUUGAAGCCAUCAGUUGGAAUAUUUAUUACUAUGAACCCAGGAUAUGCCGGUCGAACUGAAUUGCCAGAGAAUCUCAAAGCUCUUUUCAGACCAUGUGCCAUGGUGGCUCCUGACGUCAAGUUGAUCUGUGAGAUCAUGCUAGUGGCUGAAGGGUUUGUGGAUGCACGCUCGCUGGCCCAGAAGUUCAUCGCGCUGUACACGCUCUGCAGGGAGCUCCUGUCCAAGCAGGAUCACUAUGAUUGGGGGCUUCGUGCUAUUAAAUCAGUCCUGGUGGUCGCUGGCGCCCUGAAACGAGGAGAUAAAAAUCGACCUGAAGAUCAGGUGCUCAUGCGAGCUCUAAGGGACUUCAAUAUGCCUAAAAUAGUGACCGACGACUUCCCAGUGUUUCUGGGCCUGAUUGGCGACCUGUUUCCGGCCCUGGAUGUGCCCCGGAGCAGAAAGCAGCACUUUGAACAGAUGGUCCGGCAGUGCACCCUGGAGCUACGCCUGCAGCCGGAGGAGAGUUUCAUUCUCAAAGUUGUCCAGCUUGAGGAGCUGCUGGCUGUACGGCACUGUGUCUUUGUGGUUGGAAAUGCAGGCACAGGGAAGAGUAAGAUUUUGAGAACACUGAACCGAACAUACGUUCGCAUGCAGCAGAAGCCUGUUUGGAAUGACUUAAACCCUAAGGCUGUGACGACAGACGAACUCUUUGGUUUCAUCCAUCACGCUACCCGGGAAUGGAGAGAUGGUCUGUUCUCUUCUAUUCUACGAGAACAAGCAACUCUUACCCAUGAUGGACCAAAAUGGAUAGUCCUGGAUGGAGAUAUUGACCCCAUGUGGAUUGAAUCACUAAAUACAGUCAUGGAUGAUAAUAAGGUGCUGACCCUGGCCAGCAAUGAGCGGGUGGCCCUCACUCCCUCCAUGCGGCUUCUGUUUGAGAUACAUCACUUGCGGACAGCCACCCCAGCCACUGUCUCCAGAGCUGGUGUCCUGUACGUGAACCCACAGGAUUUGGGCUGGAAUCCGUAUGUGGCCAGUUGGAUUGACCGAAGGCGGCAUCAAUCAGAAAAGGCCAAUUUAACUAUUCUUUUCGAUAAAUACAUUCCUGCAUGUUUGGACAAGCUGAGAACCAGCUUUAAAACCAUCACCUCUAUUCCAGAAAACAGCCUGGUCCAGACUAUUUGCGCUCUUCUGGAUUGUUUGUUGACUCCUGAAAACGUGCCUUCUGACAGCCCAAAAGAAGUUUAUGAAGUCUAUUUUGUCUUUGCCUGUAUCUGGGCAUUUGGAGGCACCCUAGUGCGGGAUCAGCUUUCUGAUUAUCAAGCUGACUUUAGUCGAUGGUGGCAUAAAGAGAUGAAAGCAGUGAAGUUUCCAUCCCAGGGAACAAUUUUUGAUUAUUAUCUGGACCACAAAACUAAGAAAUUCUUGCCUUGGGCUGACAAGAUCCCACCGUUUACUAUGGAUCCAGAUGCUCCUCUACAGAAACUUGAAGUCCUUGAGAAACCUCUAGAGAAAAAAGCUGGUCGUAACUAUGGUCCAGGAGCAAAUAAAAAGCUGAUCUACUUCAUUGAUGACAUGAACAUGCCUGAAGUGGAUUUAUAUGGCACUGUUCAGCCCCACGCUCUGAUUCGGCAGCAUAUUGAUUAUGGACACUGGUAUGACAGGCAGAAAGUGAUGCUUAAAGAAAUCCACAACUGCCAGUACGUGGCCUGCUUGAAUCCCACAGCGGGCAGCUUCACGGUCAGUCCCCGGCUGCAGAGGCAUUUCACAGUGUUCGCAUUCAACUUUCCAUCUUUGGAUGCACUGCACACCAUCUAUGGCCAGGUCUUUAGCGUCCAUGUCCAGCAAGGAGCCUUUGGUCCGUCAGUUCUCAGGAGCGGUCCCGCUCUGAUCCAGGCAGCAGUUGCAUUCCAUCAAAUGAUGACACAGAACUUUGUACCCACAGCUGUCAAAUUCCACUACAUUUUUAAUCUGAGAGACAUAUCAAACCUCUUCCAGGGAAUUUUGUUUGCUUCUCCUGAGUGUUUAAAAGGCCCAAAUGAUUUGAUAUACCUGUGGCUUCAUGAAUCUUCCCGUGUUUAUGGAGACAAACUGGUAGACACAAAAGACUGUGAUCUGUUUCAGAAAAAAUUACGGGAAGCUGCUUAUAAAUAUUUUGAAGGUGUCAACAGUCAUGUGCUACUUCAGCAACCCCUUGUUUACUGCCACUUUGCCAAAGGUGGGCAGGAGCCGUGUUACAUGCCAGUGAAGGACUGGGAGGCACUGAAGAUGAUUCUUACGGAGUCACUAGACAACUACAACGAGCUCAAUGCCGCCAUGCACCUGGUGUUGUUUGAAGAUGCCAUGCAACACGUGUGUCGGAUCAGUCGCAUCCUCAGAAGCCCGCAGGGUCACGCGCUCUUAAUCGGAGUCGGAGGCAGUGGCAAGCAGAGCUUGUCUCGGCUGGCAGUUCAUAUUUGCAGCCUGGAGGUCUUCCAGGUCACCCUGACCGAAGGCUACGGGAUCCAAGACCUGAGGGUAGAUCUUGCCAAUCUGUACAUCAGAGCGGGAGCCAAGAACAUGCCCACUGCGUUCCUGCUGACAGAUGCCCACGUUCUAGAUGAGAGCUUUCUCGUGCUGAUUAAUGACUUGCUGAUGUCAGGAGAAAUCCCGGAUCUGUUCAGUGAGGAAGAUGUGGACAAGAUAGUUUCUGGAGUUCGUAAUGAAGUUCGUGGUCUGGGCAUGGUGAACUCCAGGGAAAAUUGUUGGAAAUUCUUUCUGGCCAGGGUUCGUCUGCAGCUCAAAAUCAUUUUGUGUUUCUCUCCGGUUGGCCACACGCUGCGAGUUAGAGCUCGGAAGUUCCCAGCCAUAGUUAACUGCACGGCCAUUGACUGGUUUCAUGUGUGGCCCCAGGAGGCUCUGGUCUCGGUCAGCAGGAGGUUCAUUGAGGAGACCGAAGGAAUCAAGGCAGAGCACAAAGAUUCAGUUAGCCUCUUCAUGGCUCACGUCCACACCAGUGUAAAUGCAAUGAGCACCAGGUAUUACCAGAACGAGAGAAGAUAUAACUACACCACUCCAAAGAGUUUCCUAGAGCAGAUAUCACUGUUUAAGAACCUGUUGAAGAAGAAACAAAAAGAGGUGGCUCAGAAAAAAGAGCACUUAAUGAAUGGGAUCCAGAAGCUCAAAACCACUGCCUCUCAGGUGGGAGAUCUGAAAGCCAGGCUCGCCGCUCAAGAAGCGGAGCUGCAGCUGAGGAAUCACGAUGCCGAAGCUCUGAUCACAAAGAUCGGGCUUCAGACCGAGAGAGUGAGGCGGGAAAAGGCCAUCGCGGAUGCAGAGGAGCAAAAGGUGUCAGCCAUUCAAACUGAAGUGUCCCAGAAGCAGAGAGAAUGUGAGGCUGACUUAGACAAGGCUGAGCCUGCCCUGGUGGCUGCAAUUGCUGCACUUAAUACACUCAACAGGGUCAACCUCACUGAACUGAAAGCUUUUCCCAACCCCCCCAAUGCAGUCACCAAUGUUACCGCAGCCGUGAUGGUCCUCCUGGCUCCCCGGGGCAGAGUGCCAAAAGACCGAAGUUGGAAAGCAGCUAAGAUCUUCAUGGGAAAGGUUGAUGAUUUUUUGCAAGCUUUAAUUAACUACGACAAAGAGCACAUUCCAGAGAACUGUCUAAAAGUGGUGAAUGAGCAGUAUUUGAAAGACCCAGAGUUCAAUCCAAAUCUAAUUCGGACCAAAUCUUUUGCAGCAGCUGGCCUCUGUGCAUGGGUCAUCAAUAUCAUUAAGUUCUAUGAGGUCUACUGUGACGUGGAGCCAAAACGCCAAGCCUUAGCCCAGGCAAACUUAGACUUGACUGUAGCUACUGAAAAGCUAGCAACCAUCAGGAAAAAACUUGGGGAUCUGGAUCAACACCUUUGCAGACUCACAGCUUCAUUUGAAAAAGCAAUAGCUGAGAAGGUCCGGUGUCAAGAGGAGGUGAACCAAAGCAACAAAACGAUUGAAUUAGCCAAUAGGCUUGUCAGAGAACUUGAGUCAGAGAAGAUCCGCUGGGGUCAGUCUAUCCAGUCCUUCGAGGCUCAGGAGAAGACUCUGUGUGGUGAUGUUCUCCUGACAGCCGCAUUUGUGUCUUACCUCGGUCCCUUCACAAAACAGUACCGCCAGGAGCUGGUGCACUGCAUGUGGAUUCCGUUUCUUCAGCAGAAGGUUUCCAUCCCAAUAACGGGAGGCCUGGACGUGGUUGCCAUGUUGACGGAUGAUGCGACAGUGGCCACCUGGAGUAAUGAGGGGCUGCCCAGUGACAGGAUGUCGACUGAAAACGCCACCAUCCUGACACACUGCGAACGCUGGCCCCUGAUGAUAGAUCCUCAGCAGCAGGGAAUUAAGUGGGUCAAGAACAAGUAUGGAGCUGACCUGAAAGUCACACAUGUAGGCCAGAAAGGGUUUUUGAAUGCCAUUGAAUCUGCUUUGGCUCUGGGGAAUGUCAUCCUAGUGGAAAACCUUGAAGAAACAAUAGAUCCAGUUCUUGACCCACUGCUCGGGAGAAACACAAUUAAAAAAGGAAAGUAUAUCAGGAUUGGAGAUAAAGAAUGUGAGUUUAACAAGAACUUUCGCCUUAUUCUUCACACAAAACUGGCAAAUCCUCACUAUAAGCCGGAACUGCAAGCUCAGACGACCCUCCUCAAUUUCACUGUCACAGAAGACGGCCUGGAAGCCCAGCUGCUGGCACAGGUUGUCAGUAUUGAGAGGCCAGAUUUAGAGAAACUUAAGUUGGCUUUGACAAAGCACCAAAAUGACUUUAAGAUAGAGCUGAAGCUCCUUGAGGACGACCUCCUCCUGCGCCUGUCUGCUGCAGAGGGAAGCUUCCUCGAUGACACGGACCUGGUAGAAAGACUGGAGACAACGAAGUCUACAGCAGCAGAAAUAGAACGCAAGGUGAUUGAAGCCAAAGAAAAUGAAAGAAAAAUCAACGAGGCUCGCGAGUGUUAUAGGCCAGUGGCAGCAAGAGCAUCUCUUCUUUACUUUGUUAUUAAUGACCUCAGAAAUGUCAACCCCAUCUAUCAGUUCUCUUUGAAGGCUUUCAACAUGCUGUUUCACAGAGCGAUCGAGCAGGCGGACAGGGUGGAGGACACGCAGGGGCGCAUCUCUAUCCUGACAGAGAACCUCACACAUACCAUCUUCCUGUACACCAGCCAAGCACUGUUUGAGAAGGACAAGCUCACCUUCCUGUCCCAGAUGGCUUUUCAGGCGGUUGCCCUUAUGGAAGAAUUUCAAGGCUUAGACCGAGAUGUAGAAGGAUCUGCCAAGCAGUGGAGGAAGUGGGUAGAAUCCGAGUGUCCAGAAAAAGAAAAGUUACCACAAGAAUGGAAGAAGAAAACUCUAAUACAGAAGCUGAUCAUUUUGAGAGCAGUGCGCCCUGACAGGAUGACAUAUGCUCUCAGAAAUUUUGUGGAGGAAAAACUGGGCGCAAAGUAUGUGGAGAGGACCAGAUUGGAUUUAGGGAAAGCAUUGGAAGACAGCAGCCCGGCCACCCCAGUAUUCUUCAUCCUGUCUCCAGGGGUGGAUGCCCUCAAAGACCUGGAGAUGCUCGGCAAAAGACUCGGGUUUACAUUUGACUCGGGAAAAUUCCACAAUGUGUCUUUAGGACAAGGUCAGGAAACAGUGGCAGAAAUGGCGCUAGAGAAGGCUUCCAGAGGGGGACACUGGGUCAUAUUGCAAAAUGUCCACUUGGUGGCCAAGUGGUUGGGAACCUUGGAGAAACUCCUUGAAGGAUUCAGCCAAGGAAGCCACGAGGACUACAGGGUGUUCAUGAGUGCCGAGUCUGCACCUACGCCAGAUGAGCAUAUCAUCCCUCAAGGACUCCUGGAAAAUUCCAUUAAGAUUACCAAUGAGCCCCCCACUGGAAUGCUAGCCAAUUUGCAUGCUGCCCUGUACAACUUUGAUCAGGUCCCAUGGGAAGACCUCCGUUACCUCUUUGGUGAGAUCAUGUAUGGGGGCCACAUCACAGAUGGCUGGGAUCGCAGACUGUGCCGGGUGUAUUUGGAAGAAUUCAUGAAUCCAUCUCUGAUUGAAGACGAGCUCAUGCUGGCACCAGGCUUCGCAGCCCCUCCCUACCUGGAUUACUCAGGCUAUCACCAGUACAUAGAGGAGAUGCUGCCUCCAGAGAGCCCCACACUGUACGGCCUCCACCCUAAUGCUGAGAUCGAGUUCCUGACAGUGACGUCCACCACUCUCUUCAGAACUCUGCUGGAGAUGCAGCCCAGGAGCGCACUCAGCAGUGAUGAGCUAGGGCAGUCUACAGAAGACAAGGUUAAGAAUGUCUUGGAUGACAUUUUGGAGAAACUUCCAGAAGAGUUCAACAUGGCAGAAAUAAUGCAAAAGACCUCAAAUAGGAGCCCAUAUGUUCUUGUUUGUUUCCAAGAAUGUGAGAGGAUGAACAUUCUCAUUCGGGAAAUUCGUGUGUCACUGCAACAACUGGACCUUGGAUUAAAGGGGGAGCUGACGGUGUCUCCUGACGUGGAGGCCCAGCAGUCGGCACUGAGUUACGACAGGGUUCCCUGCACCUGGAGCAAGCUGGCUUACCCAUCUACUUACGGCCUUGCUCAAUGGUUUAAUGACCUCCUCUUGCGCUGCAGAGAACUGGACACUUGGACCCAAGACCUAGCCCUUCCAGCUGUGGUGUGGCUUUCCGGCUUCUUCAACCCUCAGUCCUUCUUAACUGCAAUCAUGCAGACUGUGGCUCGGAAAAACGAGUGGCCACUGGACACAAUGUGCCUGACUGUGGAAGUUACCAAAAAAGUGAAGGAAGAUUACAGCCACGCCCCCAGGGAGGGUGCCUAUCUCCAUGGGCUCCGAAUGGAAGGUGCCCGAUGGGACAUCCAGUCCGGAACUAUCGUUGAAGCCCACCUCAAGGAGCUGACGUCCACGAUGCCGGUCAUCUUUGCCAAAGCCAUACCCAUGGACAGACAAGAAACCAAACACACCUAUGAAUGCCCUGUAUACAAAAACAAAACGAGGGGCCCCACCUACAUCUGGACCUUCAGGCUGAGGAGCAGAGAGAAGACGGCCAAGUGGGUGCUGGCAGGGGUGGCUCUGUUGCUGGAGGCCUAAGGCAGCCCUCGGACUGGGACUUAGGUUGCUCCCGCAGCGCACAGUAAGAAUUUCCUAUCAUGUCACACCAUUCCUAUUAAUUUAUGGUACAUAAGGGCAUAAAACAUUCUAGUUUAUGUAAUUUUUUAGUAACUUACACAGGCAUUCAGUUUUUAAAAGUAACAGUGGAGAAUGGGACAGAAAGAAGCAAAUACAGAAGAUAAUACUAGACACCUGUUCAGGAAGUAUGUUCAUUGAUUGUAGCUUUCAUUGAUUGUAACCUAGAGUUCCUCUAGGAAAUCCCAUCUCAACACAAAAAUAUACUAUCUCUCACAUUUUCACCAAGAUUCCACUGAAUCUCAAAAACCGAGCAGCCUGAAGGAAGGGAAAUUUUAGUUCUUAUGGAUAGUAAACAUCAAAAUCUUUUUAAAUUAAAACUUAGCCCUUAAAUUCUUUCAAACUAGAAGCAGCAGGCUCCAGGCAAGUCAUGAAGGGAAAGAUAGGCCCUCCCAGGCCUCCAGUGUGUAUAACAUGACAGUCCACUUUUGUUUAAAUAAAA